AUGAGAGCAAUGCUACCUUACUUCUCAAAUAAAUGGGAACUAAGAGGCACCGCAGAAGGCUCGGACCUGGGUAACGGUUGCUUUCAAUUCCGGUUUGACUACGAAGAUGACCUGAGGAAGGUCCUAGAGAACCGCCCUUACCAAUACUCGAGAUCCCCUUCUGGAUCUCCCAAAGAGGUCUCCCAAAGAGGUCUCCCUCUUCACUACUGGAAACAAGAGCUCUUGCUCAGCAUAGGAGAGAAGAUAGGACACCUCACCUCCUAUAAACUUACUUCAUCAGCUGCAAAGAUCAAAAUAGAAGUCAACGGUCUUGAGCCGAUAACAAAAGAGGCUAUAGUCGAGUUUGAGGGAGGAAGUGAAACCCUGGUUACCCUGGAAUAUCAUAGACUGGACAAACAUUGUCUUUACUGCUUCAAGCUUACCCACGAGGAGAAUGACUGCGCAGAAAACCCUAAUUCCACUCUCCUCCCCUCGACUGAAAGGCAGCCCCCCCCCUUGAGACCUAACCAUCUCAAGCCGCCCUUCUUCUCUAACACCGAGGAUCUCCGCCUAGAUCUACCCCACAGCACCAGACACCACCGACGAGAAGCUAUCUCAACACAACGACCAUGCAGAGACCAAUCGCCGCUACACUCUCGGUCUUUAAGAGCCCCUCGCCGAUCCUCGGAUCUACACACCUCGUACCGGACCAACUUAUCUCUGCCGUACCGUUUGGAACGCCGAGAAAACCCUAGACAGCCUCCCCCUAUUACAAAUAACUUCACCCCCAACUCAAGACGAGUCACUCCAUUAGAAAGGAAUCUGGACCAUGACUACUUCCCACCUUCACAGCGACUUCAAACAGAAGACGAGAUUCUCCAAGAUCUCCAAGAUGUGGAUAUCCGAUACAUCAAUUGUGGUGAUCCGACAGAAAGCGCGGCACAAAGACAAAGGAUCUUGGAAAGUGAUAAUAAUGGACUCCUAACGGACAUGGUGGCUUUCCUCUACAAUGCUCCCUCUAACCUUGUUCCGGCAACAAUGGAAACAAACCUUGCCCAUCAAGAAUCUCCAUCCUUAUUACAACCACCUGAGAGGGGAACAAACAGAAGAGCUGAUCCCAUUGGUGAAACGGAGGAAGGGCUGACACUAGCCACACCAGCCAAGAGAAGGGGUCGACCCCCAUCAAAAGCAGCUAACCCGAACUCAACCAACCAACCUGCAGAGGGAACAAGUAAGCGUAAAACAAAGACCCAGUUGAGAUCACCUCUGCUAAGAAUAUCCCCGCUAUCCAGAGUAAUCCAGAACAGAACUACUCAAGUCCCAAAACUUACCCGAUCGAAGACGGCGUACGGAUUCAGGACAACCCCAGAGCAGUCUCCCACCACGUUCAAGGACAGUCCCGGCAAAACUGAAAGAUGGAGCGGAUUUUCAACCCCCUCCAAGUCCUCUUCCUUAGCCGUGUUGAGCUGGAACUGUUGUUGGCUGGGGAACCUUAUGACAGUUCACAGAGUGAAGGAGCUAAUCAAGACUCAUGCUCCGGAUAUCAUCUACCUUAUGGAGACAAAAAACUUUGAAGAAUUUAUUGCCAAACAUUUACCUCUAUCUGAGUAUAUGGCCCAAGAUUCCUGGUCCCACCUCAUAGCCCCGGUGGAGGUGGCCUAG